UCCUCCAUUAUAUAUUAUAUAUAUAUAUAUAUAUCCCUUGCCGCACCUUCUCACACCCAUAACACAUCCCUCCGUUUCUCUUCCUCUCUAUAUCAACUCGGAUACAUACAUACAUAUUGAUUGCAGACAUGUUUGUACCUUCCGUUCGAACCAAGAAAACAUCGGCCGUUGGGAUUCCCACCAUCGACCUUUCGAUGCAAAGGUCUGAGUUAUCGGAACUGGCGGUGAGAGCCUGCGAGCAAUAUGGAAUCUUCAAGGUGGUCAACCAUAGGGUGCCUAAGCGGGUCCUCUUGAGAUUGGAAGAGGAAGGCAAUCGGUUCUUCUCCCAACCCGUCUCCGAGAAGCUGCUAGCCAGCCCCGCCGCUCCGUUCGGCUACGGUUCCAGGAACAUUGGUUCCCACGGCGAUGUGGGCGAGCUCGAGUAUCUUCUUCUCCAUACCGAUCCUCAAUCCAUUUCUCAGGUUUCCAAAACUAUCUCCUCAAAAGACCCUGCCAAAUUCAGUUGUGCGGUGAAUGAGUACAUAGAAGCGGCAAGGGAAGUGGCGUGUGAGAUACUGGAGCUAGUGGCGGAGGGAUUGAGGAUUCCGGACAAGAUGGCGAUCAGCAGGCUAAUCAGGGACGCGCACAGUGACUCGGUGCUGAGGCUGAAUCACUACCCUGCCACUGACCCGUGCCAUGAUGAAGUGGUGGCCACUAAUAGCAUCGGCUUUGGGGAACACUCUGACCCUCAGAUCCUCACCGUCCUCCGCUCCAACGACGUCAGCGGCCUGCAGAUCUCCACCCAAGACGGCCUCUGGAUCCCCGUCCCCCCCGACCCGUUCGAAUUCGUCGUCAUGGUCGGCGAUUCCCUCCAGGCAUUGACGAAUGGGAGAUUUAGAAGCGUGAGGCACAGAGCGGUGACGAGCGGGAGCAAGUCCAGAAUGUCCAUGAUAUUCUUUGGAGCGCCCGCACUGAAUUCCUGGAUCACUCCCCUCCCCGUGUUGCUGUCCCCACACCAGCGGCCUCUGUACAAGCCCUUCACCUGGGCUCAGUACAAGCAGGCCGCCUACUCUCUCGCCCUCCAACACGCUCGCCUCGAUCUCUUUAAAGCUCCAGACUCUCCCCUCCUCAUUUCUGCCUCUCCCUGAUCCCUCCCUAUGUUCUGGCUAUUUUCCAUCUCCAUUUUGCUGGUGUUCUUCUUCUUCUUGUUUCAAUAACUAUUUUUGAGCGUCUCCCCGUUAGUUUUGUGUAAAUCUCACCUCCUAGAUGAGGCAAUAUGUAAAUUUCUGUUGCCAUGCCAUUGGCCAUAAAUUAGUUCGGAGCCGUGCAUGUUGAAGUUCAUGACAAGAACCCAACGAACCUCGUCUUAGAAAGAGAAGUUGAGUUUAA